AUGGGCGCCUUUCUUAUCGAAUUCGUUCUCUUCGGUGUUACUGGUCUCCUACCCACGUUUGCGAUUGCCGUUGGCUUUGGUUCCGAGGUCGGAUUCAGUCUCAUUGCAAUCCUCAAUGGCGCAUCGUGCCUUGGACGCAUCACGACUGGUAUGGUAGGCGACAGACUGGGACACCUGAAUUUCCUAAUUACUAUGAUCUCUAUCGUGAUCAUCAUCACGGGCGUUAUUUUUGUGCCUUUUGGAACGAAACACAUCGGGGCUUUGUAUACUUUUGCUGCUCUGUGGGGCUAUGGAUCUGGAUCGUUCUUGUCCUGCAGUCCAGUUUGCGUGGGGAAGACAUGCGAGCCAAAAGACUAUGGCAGAUAUGUUGGUACGAUGAACUUCUUCGUCAGCUUCUCGCUGUUGGUGACCGUUCCUGUCGGUGGACAAAUGCUUGACAGUAUGGGUGGCAUGGCGCUCUCAGGCUUUUACUUGGCGGUUAUAUUUCUUGGCGGCGGCUGCUUCUUCGCCGCCCGUACCUUGCUACUGGAUGGACGAACCAUCUUCAGAGCUAUUAUCUGA